AAAAAAAUGUGAAUCCCGUCCCUUCCCACUCCAACGACUAACAACGUCAACCCCAUCAUCACGGACUACGAAGUCUCCUCUUUCCUCUCUAUAAAUAAGCUCUACCUCCUUCCUCGUUUCUUUCGUUCUAUUACAUUUUCUGUUCUCUUUUUUCCAUUGUUGUGCUUCCAAAAUCGGAGGGAAUCGGAGACGAGCGAGUGCUGGAGUUGAUUCAGAGGGAGACAGCUUCCUUCCCCCGCGUUUGUCCUUUUCUUAUUCUUCUUCUUUUUGUUCCAAUACUUUGGUGUUGCCCUGUGGCCUCCUCAGAUCAAAAAUUUUGAGGCAAGACUUUCCUUUUGACCGCAUCAUCUCAAUGGAGUUGAACGGCAAAUCCAUGGUCUCAGAGCCUGCAAAUGUUAUUUAUCUUUCAACUAUUCUGGGUAGAGAUGGGCAAGUUCCUGCCCACAAAUGUGAUUGGAAAUGUGAGAAUGAACAUGUGUGUGGUAAUAUGUACCGCUGCAAACUUACAGGAAUGACUCACAUUUGUGACAAAAACUGUGACCAACGAAUUCUCUAUGAUAACCAUAGCUCACUUUGCCGUGCGAGUGGGCAAAUAUUCCCACUUACACUGACAGAGGAACAAGCAAUCAGAGGCAUUCGCAGGAAGCUUGAUGCUGACAAUUCCUCCAUUGAUGACUUUGCUUUUAAGCGUAGGCGGGAUGCCCAGUUUCAUCCUUCCCCUUUUGAGAGAUCUUUCUCUGCUGCCGUUCCAAUUUGUAGUCAAGUUGGAGAUGGCAUGGAUAUGAGCUAGAUUUACAUAUGAAAAAGAAGGGAAACUGGGGCUUAUCUCUGUGCUGUUCUUUUGAAUAAUUUUCUUUUUGUUUUGCCUACGGACUGAUAUCAUAUAAUGGAUUUGACCUGCGGGCACUUCAAGUGGUGGACCUUUGUAUGCCCCACCUGUUUGUAGGAACGCUUAUAUUUCUAAUCUUGUUUAAUGCAAUAUGUAGCUGACACUAGAUUGACUAUGACAGAUGGGAUGGAGCAGGAUCGUCAUAAACUUUACAUUUCUAUUUAGAAUUUCCUUACCCUGUAUCUUCUCAUCAUAGACUGUUGUAGCUCUAAAGGGUUCCUUAGUAUCCUUUCUUGAUAUACUUUCCUAACAUUAUUUGAUAUGCGUUUACACCGCUAAAGGCAUUUUGAGAUUACUUGCAGUAGUCUCCUAUUUUGUAUUUAACUAUAUCAUGUUUACUCGAUCCCAAUAAUCUUAAUCCUCUAACAACUAUCGUCUGGAUCCGGAGUUCAAAUCUGAUUAUCAUGGAAUGGGUUACUGAAGAUGAUACCUCUGUUUAGAACCCUACCUUCUAAGUCCAAUUUUCUAGUUCUUUGAGUUAAGACACUUAGUUUUGGAUUCUGUUUUGCUAGACAUGCUUUUGGCUGUGUUCAGGUUUACGAGCAGUGAUGUGGUCUGCCCUAGACUUGUUUCACUUUUCAUAUCUAAUAUUUGUUUUUAUAUUUUCAUAUGAGGAUGUCCUUAAGUCUUUUUUUUUUUUUUUUUUCCAGCAGGGGUUUGGUCAUUUGCCUACUUGUGAGGGUUCAAUUAUGCUCAUUGUUUAAUGCUCCUUGUUCUGCAAUUUAUUUGAAUUUAAUUACUGUUGUUUGACCUUUAUCACCGUUCUUGGCAGGUUUGUUAGCCUCUUGGAUUGGUGCCCUUUGUAAAUGUGGAGACCUAAGAUGUCCAGAAGUUGGAAAAAAGAUUUUUGAGGCUUUCCCAAGCAUUUAAUUUACCUACUGGGACAAUGCUUGAAAGUAAUCUCUGCAGCCUAGUGAAUUGUAUAUUAAGUUUGUUAAGAUGUGCAACAUUGAAGGACAUAUUUUUCCUGUUGUGUAAUCUAUUAUAUAAUUGAGCUAUUGGCAUAGAGUUUGUGCUUUCAACUCGAGAUUAGAGGUUCGAUUCCUUCCUCCUAUAUAUUGUAGAAUAAUGAUAUAAUUGAUCAAGCUACUGUAAUAGUUUUAACUAUUGUGUGAGCCCAUUUGUAAAGCCUGUUUUAAAGGCUGACUGUGAGCUUUUGUAUUAUGUAUUCGAAUGAAAUUGAAUUAUAUUUUAUGGCA